GAAAGCCCUCGCUUGCUACCUCCUGUAAAAUUAUCUAUCUUUGCCUAUCUCUACGCAAUAUUGUUGUUUCUUUCGGUUGCUCUCGUGAUAACAUAGCUAUGAUGCACGUGAUCCCCCCGCCCGGUAAUUGGCCGAAAUCUAACGACUCACGACAUCUGUCAACAUCUCCCGAGAUGAAACGUAGAAUUGGACCAGAACUACACCAAAAGCCUCGAAAACGUGUCACAAGGCAGGAUCCGGUAUCUUGCGAAUCAUGCAGGCGCAAAAAGCUGAAAUGUAACCGGCAACAGCCAUGCAGCAGCUGCGUCACUCGGAGACUGCCAUGCAGCUAUGCCAUUGCACCGGGGGCGGCGGACACGCAUAAUGUAGGAUCGGAAGAUGGAAGCCGCAGGGAGGCAACUGCUCUUGGCCAGGGAAACACACCCGAGCUUCAGGAGAUGCGAAGUGCGGAUACACACCCUGCUACGAACUCUCAGCCAUCGUACCGCAGCCGAGAAUCACUGAUGACAGCGGACUGGCUGGAGAACAUUCAUAUGGGUCAACGAGUUCCAACAGCAACACCAAAGUUGCUGAGAGAUGAACUCGAUGAGCUGCGGAAUAAGGACGAUUUUGCUCCUCCGGGAACAUUGCUCCCGGUUUCCUGCCGAAGUUGGAACGCCUCUCGAGAGGAUCCUGCGACAGUUAAUUUGCUAUUGUUUCUCCCCCAUAAGCAUGAGGCUAUGGCACUGUUUCGAUAUUAUACCAGCUGUAUUGACUACCUCUAUCAUAUCAUAUUUCCUAAGCGCGCGGAGGGUCAGAUAGAUGGUAUCUACCGAGCCAUUGAAAGAGGCCAACCGCCUAAUUUGAACCACUUAGCCCUCUUUUUCAGUAUUGCCGCCAGUUCGUUGUUUUUGCAACUAUCCGUGGAGUCUUCUAUUCAUGCAGAGCUUUGCAGUCGCGAGUUUUCGUUUUUGACCGGCGCCGCUCUGAUUCAAAGCAACUACCCAGUCAAUCCCACGGUCGAGGGCUUACAGGCAGCAAUGGUUAUCAUGCACCAUGCAUCCAAUAUAAGCUGCCAUGCAUCAGUUAGUGGUCUUUUCGUUCACGGCGCAGUUAUUAGCCAAGCAAAAAAUCUCAAGCUGCAUUGCAUCGAUUCACCGCGAUUACGGGAGGAAAGGGAGGCUAAUUCAUUCGAUGUGGUGGAGCUAGAGACAAAGAGACGGCUUUGGUGGGAUAUCGCAUCAUAUGACUGGUAGAUCGACCACUCAAUCUUGACGAUGACGAGUUUGAGGGAUAUGGUGGAUUGUCGCGACCGAGCUCGAUACCAACGGACAUGUCCUUCUCUCUCGAGCGACUUAAGCUUGGUAUCGUGUGCCGUGAAGUUAUUGACGCUACGUCCCAUGAGCACCUAUAUGGAAUAGAAGUCAGCUACCCGAAGAUUCUUGAACUUGA